UAAAAUCAUCAAAUCUACUAGCCAUCAAAACAACAAAAAACAGAGAACCAAAGCAGAAAAACAGAGUUAAAUUUUAGAAGAAAUAAAAUCAAAAUGAGUCUAAGCAGGAGAGCGUGGAUAGUAGCAGCCAGCGUUGGAGCAGUGGAAGCCUUAAAAGAUCAAGUUGGAUUGUGUAGAUGGAAUUACCCAUUGAAGUCAUUGGCUCAACACACAAAGAAUAACAUGAGAUCUUAUUCUCAAGCCAAGAAACUUUCUUCUUCAUUAAUUGCGAAGAAUGAAAAGGCAGAGCAAUCUGAAGAAUCAUUCAGAAAAGUUAUGUAUUUGAGCUGUUGGGGUCCAAAUUGAUUGUAAUUAAAUAGGACUACUGUCUAUUUCGAAAAUUAUAUGAGAAAAC